AUGGUUACGAAGUUAGUUGCACCUUUCAUCACCUUGGCGCUUCUUGUCGUGGCCUCCUCAGAAGGCAAACUUCCUGGAGAAAAGGAUUGUCGUCUCAGCGGGAAAACCUACAUCAACUUUGUUUGGAGAGGAAUCGCAGUAACCCCGAACGCUCAAAUGGCUCGAGAGGUAUUACAGUAUAAUAAAACUGACAGGAAAAAUACCCUUCACAAAUGGAGUGCUUUUGGAUUGAGUGUUUUAAACCCAAAACCUAAGUUAUCACAGAGGGCCAAUCAGAUGAAAGAAGAAAUACCUUUCAGAGCUGAUAAUAUUCAAAAUGUUACCACAGCAUCUACAAUGGCUGUAGUUAACAAUACAGAGUCUAAAGAUGGGACGUCCACCACAGGAACCCCAAUGACGGCGUCAACAAAAGCGUCCGCUACAGCCACAGUAGAACCAAACUCAACAACCCACGAUACAACCAAGUCAUCAAGUGCUUCUGUGAAGAUUACAAGUCUCUCUGUCACAAAAUCAUCGUCCAUAUCCACCAUAAGUAAGGCAUCUGCAAAGGCUGUAGUUAACAAUACAGCGUCUAAAGAUGGGACUUCCACCACAGGAACUCCAAUGACGGCGACAAAAAAAGCGUCCGCUACAGCCCCAGUACAACCAACCUCAACAACCCACGAUACAACCAAGUCAUCAAGUGCUGAUGUGAAGACUACAAGUCCCUCUGCCACAACAUCAUCUUCCAUGUCCACCAUUCGUAAUGCGUCUUUCAGCAUAGGCACCGGGUACUCGUCACCAGAUUGCGCAUCUUGCAGCAAUAGAGGGACCAUCACAGUGACCAAGUCAUGUAGCAUUAAGAUGCCACCUAACGACGAUAAGAAAUGUGACAAGGACGAGUUCAAUAAAACCAGCUGUGGUUACGUUACUAUGGUCGAUAAAAUCUACAGCUGUGCUGACGUGAAAAAGAAUUUCACGUUCUAUGAGGAAAAAUACUUGAAAUCUGUAAAACAAUGUGGUGACGUUUGUCCAACUUCCGGCUCAGAUUAUUGCAGACUCUGUGAUCCACCGACCUUGAAAAAGCUGUAUUUGCCAACAAGAUAAAUCAACUCCAUUUCAGUUUUCAGAAGUAAAGCCGUAGAAAAAGCGGUAUAAUGGUAUUCGAUAGAGGCUUAGUAAAUACAAGGCAAGUGUUUUUGUAAGAAAUGUUAAUGCGGAAAGUUAAGUAUUUCAGUAGAAGGAAUAAAAAGUACUAUUGACAUGAAUAGAAACAGUGUGUUGAUAGAGAUGGUGUAAUCAAAUCAUUUUAUCGAUGUUUAUUUACUUGAAAACGACAAUGUUAAGAUAUGUGACUUACGAUUCACGUUAUCUUCUUUAUCAACUACGACCACAGAGUGAGGACAGCGGCAAAAUGAGUGCGCAUGCUCCGUUUCUGGAGCCAUUGAGUGUUCAGGGUUACUGCUCUCCCUCUCCAAACAAAGCUGAUGCGGGUUUCCCCGCUGAGACAACAAUCCUUUUCUCCAAAGAGUUUUCCUUCUGAGGAGUCGAUGACAAGAAGGGCUUAAGCAAUAAAAAGUGCUACGAACUUCGUCGCCAUGUUACAGAUGCACUACUGCGGUCGCUAAAUUUGCAGCUGUUACCGCAAUAUUUCUUUUGUUGAGUGAGAUACGUGAAGGAGGAGGUUUGAAGGAAACUUUCCUGAAAACGGCAACUUUAUCUGUUUUGGUUUGGGCCUAUCCCCGCGAAAUGAAACCAAACAAUGAGAAUUUCAAAAUU